AUGGAAUAUCAUUUGACAUAUGCUUCCGGUUUCUCACUUCCAAUUAUAGGAAUUGGCGCAAGCACAGCGCGCAAGUUUGGCCAAUGUGGAAUCUCUGGGCUCAGUCUUGUUGAUAUCAACAUCACUUCUCUUCGGAGUCUCAGUUCCGAGAUUGCAGUGGCUUGCCCCGGCGUGAAAGUCCUUGUUCAACAUAUUGACGUGACAGACGAAAGCUCAGUUAAUAAAGCGGUUGAGAAAACAGUGCAAGAGUUCGGAAAAAUUGAUAUCGCCGUUCACGCUGCUGGGAUUGGAGAUUCCGGACAGCCAACUCACAACUCAUCGCUAGACGGGUGGCAAAAUGUGAUUAAUAUCAAUCAGACAGGGCUCUGGUUGUGUGAGAGGGCGAUUAUUCGGCAAAUGUUGCAGCAGAAAUCCCGGGGCAUUCGUUACGGGAAAGGCGUCAUUGUCAAUGUUGCAUCCACGUUAGGUCUGACGGCGGCUCACAAUGCGGUUUUCCCAUCAUAUACGGCAGCUAAACAUGCCGUUAUAGGGUUAACUAAAUCGGACGCAAAGAUGUACGCGUCCCAUGAGAUCCGGAUCAAUGCAGUCUGCCCGGGUUGGACACUCACCCCGAUGACUGAACAAUUCGUCAGCGAACCCUCGAUGGAGCGCGAACUCAGCUCUACUCCCGCUGGCAGAAUGGGAAAGCCAGAUGAGAUUGCGGAUGCGAUCUUGUUUCUCGCUUCGCCAAUGAGUAGCUUUGUUUAUGGAGCUGGGCUAGUGGUGGACGGAGGUUACACUCUAUAA